CUCUAAAUACGAGGAUACAAAGUUAGAAAGGACAGCCAGCACAUAACGUGGUCUCAGCUCAUUGUAUUUAUCUUCCAACUUCAAUCCCGUCCGUCCGAUCAGUAUCUGAUCUAACGGGACACAUUCCUCCACGCUUCUACUUCAUUGUCUUUUGAUUCACUCAAUUCGUCAUGGCUCGUAUAUCUCCACGAUUACACUCUCUUCCCCGUACGAUCCAAAUGUAAUCCGACGGGUGAAAAUCUCCCUGCACUGCACACUUCUCUGUGCCGUUCUCCCACUUGAUAAUGAUAUCCCGCUCUUUUUCUCUGUCCAAAGGCCACAAAAAUUUCUUCCAUUUUUCUUCCCCUGUAAAGAAGAAAUGCAAGAACAAGCGACUAGUUCAAUCGCAGCCAAUUCUCUGCCGUCCAGCAGUGAGAGAUCUUCGAGUUCUGCUCUUCAACUUGAAGUCAAAGAAGGAAUGGAGAGCGACGAGGAAAUUAGAAGAGUGCCGGAAUUCGGCGGUGAACCGGCUGGAACUUCAGCCUCAGGUCGAGACGGCGGUUCAGUUGCGGGUGCAGAUCGAGCACAGGCUCCAGGGGAGGGUCAGAGUCAGAGAAAGAGAGGAAAGAGCCCAGCUGACAAAGAAAACAAGCGGUUAAAGAGGUUGCUGAGAAACAGAGUUUCAGCCCAACAAGCAAGGGAGAGGAAGAAAGCAUACUUGAAUGAGUUGGAAACCAGAGUCAAAGACUUGGAAAAGAAGAACUCUGAGCUUGAAGAGAGGCUUUCCACGUUGCAGAAUGAAAAUCAGAUGCUUAGACAUUUUGGAAGCAGGUGGGAGCAAGCGGUGAUUUGAACCGAGCUGGAGUUGAACAGAGAGGACUCUUUAGUUCGGUUUCAAAUUUCAAUCCCCUGAGCCUUGAAUCGGAAUUGCUGAAAUCGGUUCGGGGGCUACCCUUCCGUGGUUGGUUAUAAAAUUUGUGAUAUUUCAAAUUUUUUGUUGCAGAUAUUGAAAAAUACAACAGCAAGCAGGAGAGGAGGCAGCAGCAAUGGUAAUGCAGAUGGUUCUUUGUGAGUGAGAAAUUUACAAGUGAUUAUGGAAUUAUGUGGAUUUCAUGGCAAUUUCAUUCAUUUUAAAAUUGUACCAUGGUUUUAAUAAAGUUAAAAAGAGUUCUAUAUUGACGCAA